CAAAUUCGCCUUGUCAUAUUUUUGUUUAUCAUCCAUCCCUUGCAACUUUCUUUAAAUCUUCAAGGGGCUUUUUUUGUUGAAUUAAAAAUGCCCAGCCAAGAAGUGAGUACCACCAAAGUGGUGGUCCACCCUUUGGUACUACUAAGCGUGGUCGACCAUUUCAAUCGUAUGGGCAAAAUCGGCAACUCCAAAAGAGUAGUAGGGGUUUUGUUGGGUUGUUGGCGGGCCAAAGGAGUUUUAGAUGUUUCCAACAGUUUUGCAGUCCCAUUUGAUGAAGACGACAAAGACAAAUCUGUUUGGUUUUUGGACCACGACUACUUGGAAAACAUGUAUGGGAUGUUUAAAAAAGUCAACGCCAGAGAACGUGUUGUGGGUUGGUACCACACUGGACCCAAAUUGAACCAAAACGACAUUGCUAUUAACGAAUUGGUAAGGCGGUACUGUCCAAAUUCUGUAUUGGUAAUCAUUGAUGCGGAACCAAAAGAUUUGGGCUUACCAACUGAAGCUUACCAAGCAGUAGAAGAAGUUCAUGAUGAUGGUUCACCUACUUCUAGAACUUUUGAGCAUGUGCCAAGUGAAAUUGGAGCAGAAGAAGCUGAAGAAGUAGGGGUGGAGCAUUUACUAAGAGACAUUAAAGAUACAACUGUUGGUACUUUGUCUCAGAGAAUUACCAAUCAGUUAUUGGGCCUCAAAGGCCUUCACUCGCAACUGAGAGAAAUCAGAGACUAUUUGAUACAAGUCAGCGAAUCAAAAUUGCCCAUUAAUCAUCAGAUAAUCUAUCAGUUACAAGACAUUUUCAACUUAUUACCCGAUAUCAAUCAAUUGGAAUUCAAUAAGUCGUUUUAUGUGAGAAACAAUGAUCAAAUGUUGGUUGUUUACUUGUCUACUCUUGUCCGGUCCAUUGUGGCUUUGCACAAUUUGAUCAACAAUAAAUUGACCAACAAAGAUGCCGAAGAAGGCAAAAAGGAAGAGAAAAAAGAUAAAGAUGCCAAGGAGAAGGAAAAGGAAAAAGAUAAAGACAAAGACAGCAAGAAGGAUGAAAAGAAAAAAUAA